CUGAGUGAGUACCGCGGCGAGCUUGCGGCGUUUCGUCGUAAGAGCUGAGCCUAGGCGCGGCGAGUACGAAGGAUUGCACCUAGAGCUAAGUAUGUUUACUUGAAGGAGUAUUUUCAAGUUACCAAUACAAACAAACAAAAACCUAAGUUUUAGGUUGAUUUGACAAAUUAAGUGUAUUGUCCAGAUGAUUUUCUUAAUUAAAUUGACCUGUUGAGAAACGAGAUACAAACACUAGGAAGAACCUGCUCUUGUGCACUAAGGGUAGGACAAUGUCACAAGUUAAAAACUCUUACUCCUUUGAUGCUCCCUCGGACUUCAUCAAUUUUACAUCUUUGGAUUAUGAGGAAGAUACAGAAAAUGUGGACUCAUGGUUUGAAGAGAAGGCCAAUUUAGAGAAUAAGUUUCUUGGGAAAAAUGGGACAGGAGAGCUUUUUCAAAACAAAACUUCCCUGAGAAAAGCAAAUCUUCAGCAAGCUAGUCUUACACCUUUGCGACCAGUUGAGAACACUUACUACAAAGAGGCAGAAAAAGUAAAUCUUAUGGAACAUUCUAAUUCAUCAAAUGCUUAUUGCACCCUGGAAGUUGAGGGAACCAAAUCAAGAAAUACUCCAGCUCAGCCUCAGAGGAUAUCGCUUAGACUCUCUGCCCAGAAGAAUUUGGAGAAGAAAGAAAAACACCAUGUUCAGAUGAAAGCAAAGAGAUGUGCUACUCCUGUAAUCAGUGAAAUUCCACCUUCCAAAAAGAUGAAAAUUUCUCAAAACAGAAAGGAGCCAGAGGAAGAGGAAGAGGAAGAGGGCAGUGCUCAAGAUACUUCCAAAACGAAUAAAAUUUCCCUCAAAAAAGUGAAGGGUAGACGUACUAUGCCUCAUGUACCAACUAUAAAGCAGAAGGUUCUCAAAAGUACUGAGGAGCAAGAGUUGGAGAAGAGCAUGAAAAUGCAGCAGGAGGUGGUAGAAAUGCGGAAAAAGAAUGAAGAGUUCAAGAAACUUGCUCUUGCAGGAGCAGGGCAACCUGUGAAGAAAUCAGUGAGCCAGGUAACCAAAGUAGUUGACUUCCACUUCUGCACAGAUGAGCGAAUCAAACAACAUCCUAAGGGCCGGGAAGAGUAUAAGGAAGUGAACUUUACAGCUGAACUGCGAAAGCAUCCCCCCUCUCCUGCCCGAGUGGCUAAGGGAUGUACUAUCAUUAAGCCUUUCAACUUGUCCCAAGGAAAGAAGAGAACAUUUGAUGAGGCUGCUACUCCGUAUGUGUCCCUGGCACAGCAGGUUGAGGCGUUCCACAAACGAACCCCUAACAGAUAUCAUUUGAGGAGCAAGAAGGAAGAUAUUAGCCUGUUAUCCUCCAAAUCUUCUGUGACCAAGAUGUCCACAGAGCCACAGACCCCUGUACUGCAAACCAAAUACCGAGCAAGGCCUGUGACCUGCAAAAGCACAGCGGAACAGGAGGCUGAAGAGCUUGAGAAACUUCAGCAAUACAAAUUCAAAGCACGAGACGUUGAUUCCAGAAUUCUUGAAGGUGGGCCCAUCUUGCCCAAGAGACCACCUGUGAAACCACCCACUCAGCCUAUUGGAUUUGAUUUGGAAAUUGAGAAAAGAAUCCAGGAGCGAGAGUCAAAGAAGAAGUCAGAGGAUGAACACUUUGAAUUUCAUUCCAGACCUUGCCCUAUUAAGAUCCUGGAAGAAGUUGUGGGUGUUCCAGAGAAGAAGGUACUUCCAAUCACCAUCCCCAAGUCUCCAGCCUUUGCACUGAGGAAUAGAAUCCGCUUGCCCACCAAAGAAGAUGAGGAAGAGGAUGAACCAGCAGUGAUAAGAGCUCAGCCUAUGCCACAUUAUGGGGUGCCUUUUAAGCCCCACAUCCCAGAGGCAAGAACUGUAGAAAUAUGCCCUUUCUCCUUUGAUUCUCGGGACAAAGAACGCCAACUACAGAAGGAGAAGAAAAUAAAAGAAUUGCAGAAAGGAGAGGUACCCAAAUUUAAGGCACUUCCUUUGCCUCACUUUGAUAGCGUUACCCUGCCGGAGAAGAAGGUAAAGAAUGUGACCCAGACUGAGCCGUUUGAGCUGGAGACUGACAAACGAGGUGCUAGGAAGGCUGAGACAUGGAAGCACCAGCUGGAGGAAGAACUGAAACAGCAGAAAGAAGCAACUUGUUUCAAGGCUCGUCCAAACACUGUCAUCUUCCAGGAGCCCUUUGUUCCCAAGAAAGAGAAAAAAUCAGUUGCUGAGGACCUUUCUGGUUCUCUAGUUCAGGAACCUUUUCAGUUGGCCACUGAGAAGAGAGCCAAGGAGCGACAGGAGCUGGAAAAGAGAAUGGCUGAGGUGGAAGCCCAGAAAGCCCAGCAGCUGGAGGAGGCCAGACAGCAGGAGGAGGAACAGAAGAAGGAGGAGCUGGCCAGGCUACGGAAAGAACUGGUGCACAAGGCAAAUCCAAUACGCAAAUACCAGGCUGUGGAGAUAAAGUCAAGUGACCAGCCUUUGACUGUGCCUGUCUCCCCUAAGUUCUCCACUCGAUUCCACUGCUGAAGUAAACUGUGAGCUGCAGAUACUGCCUGGCAGCAGGAGCUGCUCAUUACGUCACCCCAGGCAUGGAGAGACUCACCGACAACUGUGGGGCCGGUUCUGUGGAGAAGUGUUUUCAGAUAUUUUAAGGCUAAAAUGAGACUCAGCUAACUCAUGUUUGCCUUGUUGAGACUUCUUCUAGUGGUUUCUUUUAGACAUCAGUUGACCCUCAAUUAGAAUUUCAAGUCUCUGUGUCAGCACAGUGCAAUUUCUUUCUCCCUUUUUCCCUUCCCUUCAUAUAUAUAUAUAUUUUAAUCAGAAAAUAAAGAUAGUUAAAUCUUGAGGUAGGAUGUAAGUCAUGGUUUAAAUGAGGAACAGUGUAUCAGAUUCUUUCCUCUUCUCUGUACAGAAUGAGUUUCUAGUUCAGAGCCCUGUGUCAUGAGGAUGGAGAACUCAGUAACUGUGCCGGUGAAGACACACACAGCAGCCACUUGACAAGCUUCUAGCAGAGCUGCUGUUAAGGCCCAUUCCCUCCUCAGUGCUGAUAAAAACAGUUGUGCUGAAUACAUUUUAAGAUCUGGCCAGGAAUAAAUAUAUUUUGUCUUUCCCCUCCCUGGUUUUGUUACUUGUUGUUUUAAAAUUUAAGCCCCUUUUGAGGUCACAUCAUAUUGGGGAAGUGGGUGAUUUGAAAUGUGGGUCCAGGAUCUUUCCAAAACACAGGCUCUAUCCAUAAAAGAAAGUGCGAUGUAAUUUUUUUCUGUCUAUGGCAGAAUAUCACUCCAUAUUGUGUUAACUCGCUUCCAGUAACCACCUAAUCAUGUGUGUUAUACCUUCACAUAGAUUGUGCCUUUUUCCCUAGAUGAAUUUUUUUUUUUUUUGGUACUGGGAAUCGAACUCAGGACCUUGUGCUUGUGAGGCAGGCAGUGGCACCACUGAGCUACAUCUCCGGCCCUAGAUGAACUUUUUUCUCAUCUGGUAAAUUUCUUAUAAGAUUCAGCCCAAGUAAAAUAUAUUUUAGAAUUCUUUCCUUGACCAUCUGACCUCAGAUAAAGAUGGUCACUUCCUUUUGCCUUCCAAGUGUUUCUCGUAUGAAAUAUCUCUAGUAGAACAAUUGUCCCCGAGUUGCUUGUAGUUCUUCACAAAAUAAUAGAGAUAUGUCAGUUCCUUGAAGACAAGAACAUUGUAGUCUUGUAUUUCUUGUGAUUGACACAUAAUUAGGUUAGGUCUAUGCUAAGUAAUACAUUUUGUUUUGGCUUUGCAUUAUUUUUGAAUAUCUCUUCUGUCACUCAUUACUCCUGUGCCAGAAAAUACAAAAGUAGCCGUGUUCUGUACAGGCCAGUCCUGAGCACCAUAUAUGACAUCAGACCUAAUGCUGUAUCCGUGCAGUGAGCAUUUAUGGAUUUCCUCUUACACACACACAACAUUGCAGAUCCAGCAAUAGGUGACAGCAAGGUAGUGCUUUUCACAGUAUGACUUACAGAUCCCUUCCUCCUGGAGGCCAUGGAUCAGCUCAAAAUGAGAUUCUUUAUUUCCCAGAGAUAUGUAGUAUAUGGUUUUACAGCCAUAUAUUUAAUUCACUUAAACAUUUAUGGUGCUAAAUAUAAAUACACACACACACACACACACACACACACACAACCCCUUUGGUACUGUGCUAGUCUCUGGGAAUACAGCACCGAGCAAAAAGGUCUGUGCCUUUGGUGGAGCUUAUUAUAUUUUAGUGGGAGAGACAGUAACGUGUGAGUAUUCUUCUGUCUGAUGAGAGGUCUUACCAUACCUGCUGUGCAGAUGGACUGGGGUGGAAGAGGAGCACGUGAGACUGGGAAGGCAGAGCUGCCCGUGGGUUGGUAUGGUGGCUGCAGUGGAGGUGGCAAGAAUGGUUGGCUUCUGAAUUCAUUUGACAGUGUAACCGAUAAGUCUUGCUAAGGGAUUGGACCUGGAGGAGUUAGGAAGGGUAUACAGCUAUCAUCUUCAAACAGACAUGGUCUUCCAUAAUUCUUGUAUUCUCGGUUUUAUUUUUCUGGACAUCUAUUGCUUUGGUCUUUUCACCCCUACUAAUCUCUUGGUUUCUUCUCUGGGUCUGUCCUGUGUAGCUUUUCUCUCUACUUGUGUCACAACUCUCUACCAGUUCCCUAAUUCAUGUGUUUCCUUCUGACAUCACUUUUUCAUAUAUCUUCUAUGUUUCUGUGUUUGAUUGUUGGGACGUAAAUCCAGCCGUCUAACUGAGUGCUUUAGUAAGUAUCACUGUAGUGAGAAUUAUGGACUUGGAAACCUUCCAUCUCAUCUGCCCCAUUCUGGAUUGUCCCAGCCUAGACCCCCAUAUCAGAGUGGUAAUAUAUGGCAGUAUUUUAGAGAAGUCAUUACAAGGUGUGACUAAAAAUAGGUAAAUAUUUAAGUUUUAAGAAGUUAUUACAGGCCAGGCGUGGUGGCACACGCC